AUGUCUACCUUUGGCACAACGUUCCGCGUAACCACCUACGGCGAGUCACACUGCCGCUCGGUGGGAUGCAUUGUCGAUGGAUGCCCCCCAGGCAUGCAAUUGACCGAGGCCGACAUCCAGCCGCACAUGGACAGGAGGCGGCCUGGCCAGUCCGAUAUCACAACGCCCCGCAAUGAGGAGGACAAGGUCGAGAUUCAGUCGGGCACUGAGUUCGGCAUCACGUUGGGCACCCCGAUCGGCAUGCGCGUCAUGAACAAGGACCAGAGGCCAAAGGACUACGGCAACUCCACCAUGGACAGGUUCCCAAGACCCAGCCAUGCCGAUUGGACAUACCUCGAGAAGUACGGCGUCAAGGCGAGCAGUGGCGGCGGCAGGAGCAGCGCCCGUGAGACCAUUGGCCGAGUUGCCGCCGGUGCCAUCGCUGAGAAGUACUUGAAGCUGGCCUACGGUGUCGAGAUUGUCGCCUUCGUCAGCUCUGUCGGCAACCAAUUCCUCUUCCCGCCAUCCGCCGAGCACCCCACUCCAUGCACGAACCCCGAUUUCCUCAACCUCCUGCAGACGAUCGACAGGAAGCAGGUGGACUCGCAUCUCCCCGUGCGGUGCCCUGAUGCAGAGGCAUCAGCAAAGAUGAGAGAUUACAUUGCUGGCUUCAAGGACCGCAACGACAGCAUCGGAGGUACUGUUCACUGCGUCAUCCGCAAUGCGCCAUCCGGCCUCGGCGAGCCUUGCUUCGACAAGCUGGAGGCCAAACUGGCGCAUGCUAUGCUGAGCAUUCCUGCCACAAAGGGUUUCGAGAUUGGUUCUGGCUUCGCUGGCUGCCAAAUCCCAGGCUCAAUACACAAUGACCCGUUCAUCAAGGCUGAAGAUGCGGCCUCCUCAGCGCAGACUGGCGCACAGCACUUUGGCCAGAGCCGGCCUAAGCUGACUACCAAGACCAAUUUUUCCGGUGGAAUCCAGGGUGGUAUCAGCAAUGGCGCGCCCAUUUACUUUAGUGUGGCCUUCAAGCCCCCAGCAACAAUUGGUCAGGAACAAAAGACUGCCACCUACGAUGGUGAUUCUGAGGGAGUUUUGGCUGCCAAGGGAAGGCAUGAUCCAUGCGUGGUGCCUCGUGCUGUGCCCAUCGUUGAGGCCAUGGCCGCCCUCGUUCUUAUGGAUGCUGUUCUUACGCAGCAGGCCAGGCAUACUGCAAAGAGCUUGCUGCCUCCACUCAGCCAGACCUUGCCAUCACAGCCGCCGUCUGGAAACGGUGUAUCAGAGCAUGUCGCGGGCAACCAAUGA